AUCUCAAGUACUUCUAGAUGAAUACAGCAAUUGCGCUUCUUGCAGACAUACUGCCUCUGUUCACAUCCGACUGAACACACCCCCGCACUUCCUCUGUGCUGCCCUUUUCUACAUCCAAGUCAACUGUUUGCAAGUGCAGCAAAUUCAUAGAUUUUGCAAUUAGCUUUAAAGCGCCUCUAUCUACGUAUAUUAAAUUCUCAAACAGAGUUCCACUUAAUGCAAUACAAAGAGGUAGCUAAUAGACUGCAAGGGGAUGUUCAGUCGGACGUGCACAGCCGCAGUACAUCACAAUCAAAGACGGCACCUGUCGGAAUCGUGCGCCAUGUAGUAGACACACAAGCGACACAGGCUCUCGCAAAGCCAGCACACAAGCUACAACUCCAGCGCCCAGAGUUACUUUGCGCGAUGCACUGGUACGACUCGACGGAUGGCUACCCGGACCCUGCGUCACCUGCUGCCGUCGAUAUUCGAACCUGGUGCCUGGCAGGACUCGAAACAACAGACAGUGUCUUCCUCACCACUGCAGCGAGAGAGCAGGCACGGGAAGCAAAGCUUCUGGUUGCUAAUCUGAGGUGCGUUGCCGCUGCUGGUUUCCUUGCACCGGACGCGUUCCUAUCCCAGGAUAGACACCUGCGCCCUGGAGACACACCCUGCUCGAGUGACGGUUGAAGGGAUGUUGAGGUAUGGGACCGGCACAGAAACGGCCGCUUCUCCCUGCAGAGGAUACUUGACACAGGUUCGCGAAGCCCAGGGCAAGCUGUGGGAGGCAGUCAGAUACGAUUGAGUUGAAGAAUCAAGGCAAAUUAACUCGUUUACUGCUCAG